AUGGGCCAGGGGCUGUACGCCAUGCCAGCUAGCGUCCUGCAAGCGCUGUCGAGCCGGGGGACACUGGUGCUGGAGGCAGCACUGAGGAGCGCACUGCUGGCACUGGAGCGGGCGCUGGCUGAGCAGCAGAAGCAAUGGGGUGCCUGCGGGCUCUGUGCCCCCUGCCUCUUCCCCCCCUGCGCCAACCUCACCCAACGCUGCCCACCCCCUGCCGUGCCCCCCGCCGUGCCCCCCAGCUGCCAGGCCCUGUUGGAUGCCCAAGCGCUGCCCGAGCUGCCCCAACGCCACUGGGCACUGAGCCAGGCUUGUGCUCCCUACCUGCGCCUGUGCCCCCCUCAGGGCACCCAGCCUGCCUGCACCCUGCUCAGUGCCCAGCGCUGCCAGCACCGCCUCCAGGAGUGCCUGCUGGCGAAGGCAGCCCUGAAUGCCAGUGCGGCGGCAGCGAUGCCAGAGGGCUGCGGGCUCCGGGCGGACCCCCCCACCGACAGCACAGCCCCCCGAGGACGCAUCAUGGGCGGCAGUGCGGCCCGGCACGGGGCUUGGCCGUGGCUGGUGUCCGUGCGGCUGCACGGGGAGCUGGUGUGCGGCGGGGUGCUGGUGGGCCACGCGUGGGCCCUCACCGCCGCCCACUGCUUCAACGGGUACGGUGUGGGAACGGGGCCGUGGGGCGGCACUGCUGUCCCCAAAGCCUUAAUCGUCGCUCUCCAUCCCUGUGCCAGGAACCAGAACGAGUUGGCAUGGACGGUGGUGGUGGGCGACCACGAGCUGGGCAAGGCGGACCCCGGGGAGCGGGCAGUACCUGUGCGGCGCAUCGUGCCUCACCCCAAGUUCAACCCCAAGACGUUUCACGGGGACCUGGCGCUGCUGGAGCUGGCGGAGCCGCUGGCACCGUCAGGCACCGUAAUCCCUGUGUGCCUGCCCAGCGCUGCCACCGAGCCCAGCCCCGGCACCCCCUGCCACAUCGCGGGGUGGGGGUCCCUGUAUGAAGAGGGGCCAUCGGCCGAGGUGGUGAUGGAGGCACAGGUGCCCCUGCUCAGCCAGGAGACAUGCCGGGCAGCCCUGGGCAGGGAGCUGCUCACCAGCGCCAUGUUCUGUGCCGGGUACCUGUCCGGGGGCAUCGAUUCCUGCCAGGUAACGCCACCCCACAACACAGCAGUGCCCUGGGCAUGGGGUGAGCACACAGUGCCAGGCAUGUCCCCCGCCCGCUGUGUCCUGGUUGGGCUGAUGUGUGGAUGUCCCCCCCCCCAGGGUGACUCGGGGGGUCCACUGGUGUGCCAGGACCCCUCCUCAAAUCACUUUGUCCUCUACGGCAUCACCUCGUGGGGUGACGGCUGCGGCGAGCGGGGCAAACCGGGCGUCUACACUCGUGUGGCUGCCUUCGCCGACUGGCUCAGCCUGCAGAUGGACCCUGUUCCUGGCAGCCGGGAACCAAGCUGCUUUGACCUGCUGGCCCUAUCCCAGCUGCCCCCUGAGCAGCAGCCCCUGGAGCGCACUCGUCUCUGCUCCUUCUAUGCGGGGUCCUGCCGGGCUGCCCCGGGCCGAGCCAGCUGCACCCACCUUGCUGAUGAGACCUGCCGUGCCCAGACAAGGAGAUGCGAGCUGCACUCCUACGCCCAGACCCUGGUGGGUCUCCUGCGCCGGGCUGGGGACUUCAUCCAAAACCAGCUCGACUUCUCCUUCCUCACCCGCACCCUGCCCCAGCUCCUGGGCAAGAUCUACGGGCACCUCUUCCCCAUCCGCAUCCGUAGGGAUGUCCCAGACCCAGCGAUGGCUGAUCACCCCACAGCUGAGGGACCCCUGAGACCACCCCGCAGGCAGCUGCCCACCUUCAGGGAAUUUUUUGGGUCUGUGGGGCCACGGCUGCAGGACUGGGUGCAGGCGCUGAGGGCCACGGCAGGGGGCAGCCCCCUGGCACCCACCCCAGACGGGGAGCAGCUCCAUGAGGAGAUGUGGCUCUUCUUACAGGUAUUUAGGAAGAAAUGGGCUAAGGGGAGCCUUGCCCCUAUGAUGGUGCCAGCAAGGACCAUACCCCUGCAGCACCCCAUGGGCACUCCACUGUCUGCACUGUCCCCCUCCUCUUCUCUGCAGCAGAGUGAGAAGGUGGUAGAGGAGCUGGUGGGACAGGGCAGAGCUUUUCUCACCCAGCUAAGGGCAGAGCUGAACCUUGACACCCCCUUGGAGGCCAUGCAGGCACCAGGAGAGUCACCUGGGAACCUCAUGCUGAAUCGCUCAGUGCCAAGGGAGAAACGAGAGCUGGUGCCCACGAUGCCAGGGCUGGAGGAGGAGGAGGAGGCAGGCACAGGCAGAGCUGCAGCUUGCCCUGGCCUCAAUGCCUCCACAUUGAGGGUUGGCGUGGUGCAGGAGCUCUACGCCUGGGUGCUGCAGGUGCCAGAGCCGGACCUGGCCAUGACCUUCCAGGAGAUCCUGGUGGACCUAAGCUCAAAAAACACCAAGGGGCUGUACCGAGCGCAGGUGCGGGCCACAGUGGGCGGCCGGCCCACGGCUUUUGCUGGGCUGGUGGGGCUGGAGAGUGACUCGCUGGCACGCAGCAUGCCCGGUCUCGUGGCCUUGGCACUUGAGGCUCUGAAAACCUAGGGGUGCUGGCAGGGGAUGAGGCACAG